AUGACAACUGAUGAUUCGAGGAUUCUUGAUUUCUAUGUUGAUGAUUUUGAUGUCAACACAGAUGGGAAAAGAUUUUAUUUGGCAGGGUAUCUGCAAGCUUCCUUUAACAAUGAAGGCUCCAUCGAGCAAAAUACAUCCUUAAGCAAAACAGUAGGCGGUAGGCUGAUCGCAUCCACCCUAGUCCAGGAAAGAUCCCAUCUCUCCAACGGAUCAAUGGAUGACCACAAUCGUGGUUCGGGUCAGAUGAUGGAUGGAACCCAGAUCAAUAUAGAUGUAACUGCACUUGAGGCUAUAAUUUCUUUGGGUCUAAUGUACUUAAAGGCUUUGUAUCCCACAAACACAUUUCGAAUUUCAAGAUGUGAGGCCCCACUUCAUAAUGCUCCAUGUCAUUUCCAAAUAAGAGAUCUCUUUGAAAAGCUGACUGUGGCAACUGCUGCUGCUGCUGGACACCUGGAAAUUAAGAAGCUGACUAUGGCAAAGAUUGGUGUCCACCUAGAAGUUGAAAAGCUAACUGUGGCAUAG